AUGAGUGUUGUGGCGCUGGCCUCAUUCGACGGUGAUACCAUGUUACGCGAAUGCACAGGUAUAUGUGUUGAAAGCGCAUGUCCUGAUGCUACGUGUUUCCUGACAUCGAUAAAUUUGAUUCCUUAUACUUGGCCUAGAGAUAAGAUCGCUGAAAGUUUGACGAUAAAAGUACGCCUCCCCGAUCAUCAGGCUGUCACGGGGUGGAUAGAGAAUCCUCGGUUAUAUGUUGAUUAUUUCAUCGUCAAAAUCAAGAACGUUGAUGUUACUGGUGCCGCCCAUCUAAGUCAUCUAAGUCUUGAUCGCGCCAUGCCGUUUGAGCCUUAUAGGAAGGUAGCAGCUGUAUGGCGCUAUUUUGAUUCGGGGGAAUUAAAGACCACAGGCGGAGUAGAUCUUGCCUCUUUAAGCGUUCAUAUCAACGAGAAAAUGUUAAGCACAUGGCGAAUCCACGAGGUCGGGAUUGGAGGUCCCCUUGUUGACUUUGAUGGCAACUUUGUUGGGAUGAACUGCUCUGGCACCAAACAAAGAAAGACCCCCUACGUACAAAGGCCUUCAAUUCGUGAAUUCAUGUUCUUUCGCGGGAUGGUCAGUGUUAAGGAAGAGGUUGACAAUGCUGUAGCAAAAAUGAAUAGUCGUUAUGGACAAUCAUAUUUCAUGCCAGGAGGUGGGAAAUACAUUAAUCAUCUCGAUGAUUUAUUCAAGAAGGAUAUCUUGAGCAAACCAUUCAAAAGUGUUUGUUUCGAAAUGGAUCAAAGUGCCUACUCGCUUGCUUCAAAAUCAAGCAAACGUCUUGCUUCAAAAAUGAAUCAGAGUGUUGUCUCACUUGCUUCCUUCAAUGGAUUUGCAAAAAAGUUUUCUUGCUCAGGUAUAUUUAUAAAGGGCAAAGCAUGCUCUGCAACAAUUCUGACUUCAGCAAGUUUGGUUAGAGUUCCUGGCAGUGCACACAUGAUUGAUGAGAACUUGAAGAUUGAAGUUGUCCUUCCAAAUGGAUUUCUAGUCGUAGGGAUAUUGAACUGUUAUAAUUUACACUACAAUGUUGCUCUUGUUGACAUCAUGGGAUUUUGGCGUCCUCGGACAAUAAAAAUCAGUGGGGAUCCAGUUACCUCAUCUAUGGACGUAAUAGCUGUGGGUAGUCUUUUUGCACAUCGCAAACUAAUGGCUGUCGAGGGGAAGGUGUUGAUUGGCAAACAAAGCGAACUUGAUUGCAUACAACUUUGUGUCUCCACCUGUAAAAUCACCAAGGCUGGGAUUGGGGGCCCUCUUAUUGACAACGAUGGGAAUUUUGUUGGAAUGAACUUUUAUGAUGAGGAAGAAACUCCGUUCCUGCCGAGGGAUGUUAUUAAUCGCCUCUUAAAUAAAAAACGGACUAGUGCAGAUGAUACUACUGUCGAGGGUGUUGAAAACAGAUGGUUGUUGCCUGGAGGGACGCACAGAAAUACUGAUACUAUCGCAGCGGUUGAUGGAAACAAAUGGCCGUUGCCUGAACCACGCCGUGUUGAACGUAGAGCUGAUCCUAAGCGUCGUCGCACAUGGCCUCUUCUGCGAGCUGACCGUUUGGAACGUGGCAAUUGGCCUCCGCCUGUGAGAUGUCACGUUGGUCGUAGAGCUGAUGAUCACUGCUAGCACUGAUGAUGUUCUCUUGUUGGUUGGUUCCCUGGCCUCCAUUCUCAGCCACCUUUCGGUGACCGAGUACUAGUAGCAUUAGUAAUGCCUUUGCUAUGACGAACCCCUUUUAAAAUCCUGGUAGUAGUACUAGUAGUAUUGGUAAUGUUUUGUUGAUGGUUGGAUGUCAGUCAUCCGUCCUGAACUGCUUGAUUGGUGUCGCUAGGGUUGUGCUAGUGUUUUACCAUCAAUGUGAAUAAUAUACUGCCGCAAAAUCCCGUGACUCUUACAUGACGAGCACGUCUCACUCCGGUCAAGAGAGAGCCGGAGGAGCUCGGGCCGCUCGC